AUGAUCCCCAGCAUACCCUCCUCGCCAUCCCGGCGAGCCACCUUGCCUUGCCUCUCUACCCUCCUUCUUCUCACCCUCGCCCUAUUCUUCACUCUCACACUGAGCCCUACCAUCGCAUCAGCCACCACCCUCCUCAAACGCGAUGCAUUUACCGAUGUCCGCGGCACCAUCGGUGACCAUUCCCUCUCCUCCGUCGGCUCUUGCCCCCACGGAGCCUACCCUCGCUCACUCGCCGUCACAUCCACUUCAUCCAUCUUCACCUGGUACUCCAAAGCUCCUUACGACGAAGCAGACGCCGAAUCAGCAUUCAUCAUCAUCCACGGUGUCAAUCGUAACGCCAACGCCUACUGGACUAUCCUCAACAAUGCUUGGGCCAAAGCACGUGAUGCUGGUCUUGGUUCUGCCCGGCCUAACUCGAUCCGUGUUGCACCUCUUUUCUUUAGCACGCUAGAAGAUGCAAAGGCGUACGAUGCGAGUCAGCUGGGAUGGGGAGAUCCGAAUGCAUGGACUGCCGGCGAAGGGUCGACGCAUCCUGCCGGGAGUGGAGUGUCGAGUUUUGCAGUGCUAGAUAUGUUUUUGAACCGGUUCAGUGAUAAGGGCGCGUAUCCGAAGAUGAAAACGAUUACGUUCGUAGCUCAUGGUGGUGGAGCACAGAUGUUGCAGCGAUAUGCUGUGUUAGGAAAGUCCAACCCGGAUCCUACUAGACUCAGUGUGAGAUACGUUGUGGGAGAUCCAAGUUCCGAGUUGUACUUCACACCGGAUCGACCAGUAGGUGUGGACACUGCAUCUUGCCCGACAUGGAACGACUACAGGUAUGGGCUUAACAAAUACACCGCUCCUUAUGCCGGGUUGUCGGCUUCUCGAGCACCAGCGUUGUUCAAGUCGUACGUAUCGAAGGAGGUGCGCUACGUGGUUGGUAUUGCCGACGAGGCAUCAAAAAAUGGCGAUCAGACUUGCAUGGCUCAUGCUGUCGGUGGUGAAAAGCGUCGAAACCGAAGCCUUGCUUACUGGAAGUACAUCCAUCUCUUAUCCGGAGGUACUUCUCCAGAUCAGCUUACCAAGUUCCCUGGUACCUUCCCAGCCCUUGACCCCAAAUACGGCCAGACAAGCCAGACGAACAUCCCGAGAUCCAGCAUUAUGGUGGCGACUAGGUUCAGGGGUGUAGAGGUGAAGCAUUCGUUGACGAUGAUCGAUGGGGUCGGUCACAGUGCUAGUAAGAUCUAUGGUUCGACUGCGGGUAGGGAUGCAUUGUUUGCUGAUCAAAAGAGCUCGGGAAGUGGGGAUGUGCCGGAUUUAUCGAACGAGUUGAAUGGAUAUACGGCAGAUGAGGCUGGUGCUAAGAACUAUGCUGGUGGUGACGACCAGAUUGGUGGUGACGACCUAGGUUGGUAG